AUGAGGAGGCUCUAUCCAGGGAUUAUUGAACACCGUGGCAGCAAGUCAUCCACUUCCACAUCCAUUUCUGCUACUGCUGCCAAGGGCAACUGUUUCCACUUCUUUUUGUUUUACCUACAGAAUCCUUCCUCUUCUGCGGAGUAUAUGAUAGAUAAGACAUUUUGUCUAGUGGUUCUGUGUCAUACCUUCACGGAGAAUGCUUAUCCUUCAUAUCUGUGUUGUAAUGUUUCUGGUUCAACUUGUUAUUCUUUUCAUCUUCUUCUACUUAUCAUCAUAACCUUGGUUAUGGAAACCCUCUGCUAA